CGCCGGUCACCCGAGGAGGUUGCAAGUGACGAGAAAGACGGACAACUGAGGACCUCCUUCUCAGAUCAGAAUGGCAGAAGAGUGGGGAAAACCGGUGUUUGCUGCCCGGCGGUACAAUGAAGAGACAACAAGGGGAUCUGCCUUUACUUACACAAACACCAAUCACACCAAAGAUCCCUUUGAAGGUCCCAACUACCACAUUGCUCCUCGAUGGGUUUACAACGUUGCCACAGUCUGGAUGUUUUUCGUGGUUGUAUUAUCGGUCUUUACCAACGGCCUCGUCUUGGUGGCCACAGCGAAGUUUAAGAAACUCCGUCAUCCUCUCAACUGGAUCUUGGUUAAUCUUGCCAUUGCUGACCUUGGAGAGACAGUCUUUGCCAGCACCAUCAGUGUGUGCAACCAGUUUUUUGGUUAUUUCAUUCUCGGACACCCAAUGUGUGUCUUUGAGGGCUAUAUUGUCUCAACUUGUGGUAUUACUGCUCUUUGGUCCUUGACUAUCAUCUCCUGGGAGAGGUGGGUAGUUGUGUGCAAACCUUUUGGAAACGUUAAGUUUGAUGCCAAGUGGGCCACUGGUGGAAUCGUGUUCUCCUGGGUCUGGUCAGCAGUGUGGUGCGCUCCUCCCAUGUUUGGAUGGAGCAGGUACUGGCCUCAUGGACUGAAAACUUCUUGUGGACCUGAUGUGUUCAGCGGGAGUGAGGACCCCGGAGUCCAGUCCUACAUGAUUGUUCUCAUGGUCACAUGUUGUCUUCUUCCCCUGGCCAUCAUCAUCCUGUGCUACCUCGCAGUGUGGUUGGCCAUCCGUGCUGUUGCCCUGCAGCAGAAGGAGUCAGAGUCCACACAGAAAGCUGAGAGGGAAGUAUCCAGGAUGGUCGUGGUCAUGAUCUUUGCUUAUUGUUUGUGUUGGGGACCUUACACAUUUUUUGCUUGCUUUGCUGCUGCCAACCCUGGGUAUGCGUUCCAUCCUCUGGCUGCUGCCAUGCCUGCAUACUUUGCCAAGAGCGCCACCAUCUACAACCCAAUCAUCUAUGUGUUCAUGAACCGACAGUUCCGCACAUGCAUCUGGAAGCUUUUUGGCAAAGAAGUGGAUGAUGGUUCUGAAGUGUCCACAUCAAAGACAGAAGUCUCCUCUGUGGCUCCUGCAUAAACCUCCACGUUCUUCGUUUUGGGAAAAAAAAACUCGGAGCUGUUUUGAUUUGCACAAUAUAUGUAAUGUUUUGUUUUCUCAGGUUUUUUUUCUAGGGUUUUUUUUUUUUUUUUUUUAGGAAAUAUAGCUUUCAUGCAAAUGGAAAAACAAAAAGGGCAUACAUAAAGGAAAUGAUUCCUUUAUCAAUGGUCUUUUUUUUUUUUUAAAAAGAAAAAAAUAAAAUAUAUCAAGCAUA